CCUAUGGAAGCAUAGGGGGCGGUUACACCAUGGGCUACGGAGGCGACUAUGGAAGGGGGUACGGAAGCGGAUACGGUAGUGCAUACGGAAGCGGUUACGGUAGUGGAUACGGAAGCGGAUACGGACACUCAAAGGUACACGGAAAGGGCUACGUCUCCACCGAGACCGUUAUUAGACAACCGUAUAUCCAGCCUAUGGCCCUCCCACCACCACCACCCCAGGCCGGCAACGACGGACUUUUAGGACUCGGAGGAGGAUCUGGACUUCUUUUGCUCGGUCUGCCCCUCCUCCUUCUGUUGAGGAACUCUAACUCCGGUUAACUUCUGACGCUGACACUCAUUACAUUAGAAGCAACUCUGUGAUACAUCGCGCAAUAUUGGCAGUUGACAGUUGGUCUGUGUGUUAUUUAUUUGUAUGCUUGUGCUGUUUUUACGCUGAUUAAAAUUGAAAAGAAACAA